CAUCCACUAGUUAUCUUUCCGAUAGUUCUUUAAAUUUCUUCUACAGAUCAGUUAACAUGGCCAUCACAUCCUUCACUGAUGAGUACACUUCUCCUGUUCCUCCAUCAAGAAUCUUUAAGGCCUCAAUUGUUGAUUCUCACAAUUUGAUGCCAAAGCUGAUGCCACAAGCUAUAAAAAGUAUUGAAUUUGUCCAGGGAAAUGGAGGUGCUGGAAGCAUUAAGCAAAUCAACUUUCCUGAAGGUGGCAACUUUAAGUCCAUUAAGUAUAGGAUUGAUGAGCUUAAUGAGGAGAAAUUUAUUUACAAAUACGCGUUGAUUGAAGGCGACGCCUUGGUAGAAAAACUAGAAAAAAUAACUUAUGAGGUGAAGUUCGAGCAGUCACCUGAUGGUGGUUCCAUCUCUAAGGUGACGAGCACGUACUAUACAGAGGGCGAUUUCAAGCUGAAGGAAGAAGAAAUCAAAGCAGGCAAGGAAAAAGUAUUGGGAAUGUACAAAGCAGUAGAAGCCUAUCUCCUUCAGAAUCCUGAUGCAUAUGCUUAGUCAUUUUCUGAGAAAUGUUAUCUUAUUUCUUAUUUUGUUGUGCUCAAGUUUGUUUUCUGUGUUUGUGUGGAAAUAAUUUCCUCUGGUUUGUCAAUAAAUGUUUUGUAAGUUUGCUUUUUCUACUUGCUGUCUGGUGCUCAGAUCUUUGAUCAAUAAAUGACCAACUUAAACUUUUCUU